AUGACUUCCGAGAUAAAUGGCGAGGCCUCGUGUCUCCAGCGUCUUCAUCAAGAAGCUUUUAAUUGUUUAGAAACAUUUCCAAACAAGAUCAUCGAAUUGAACGACUUCGUCAACGAGUACAUGCCGGAAUCUGUUAGAAAUAAUAAAUUCAACGAACCUCCGAUCGAUCGGAAAGUCAAGUGCCAAUCUACGCUUUCCGCCGCGAAAAAUUGCGAUCUAAGUAGCAUCUCAGACUUCGGCGAAUGGACUUUUGCGCUGAUUCCUGCAGUUUCCAGUUACUACUCUCUCUCGAUGUGCGAUCGCAAUCGAUCGCGACAUGGAAUCUGUAAAAGAAAAUACUAUCGAUCGCGAGGUAUAACUGGUUGUAACGUACGUCGAAGACCUGGACCGCUUGGACAACUUUUAGCAUUUAUAGUCAGCAGCGUGGCGACAUGUACAAAGAAAAUCGUCGUUACUCCGUCACAGUACAUCGUGGACAACAUAAUUCCAACAUUCUUUCAAAAGCGAGAGUUGAAAAACGCACAGUGUGGACCGCCGAAUUGGAAUAGCUCUCUUUCGACUUACGUAACUACGGUAAAAAAAGACACCACGAUUAUUGGGAAACUUAUCGACAUCAUGAGACCUGCUGUAGUGAAACUCAUUAACGACACUACGACCUUGAAACGCUGGCUACAAGCAAUUGCUUUGACCGCUACAUCGCCUCCGAUCGAACUAACGAAUGCAACUCGUAACACUGAAACCAUCGACUGUUGGGCUUACGAGCUGUUCUUUCAUCUCAAGUACCUUCAAGUGAAUCGCGGACGACGGACCACCGACAAAGUAAUCCUUACAGCUAAUUGUAACUCUUGCCUACCUCUGCCGCGAUAUAGAGGAGAACGCGUUAAUUUCGCUUUCGAAUCAACGCGAUCGUAACAACGAUUUUCAAUUGCACUUUCAACCUUGUUAAUGAAACUCUCGCUGUUCCGUUAGGUAAUGGCCGAGGCGGAGUCGAAACCUAACGAUGUGAUUCACGCUAACUUAUGGCACCGAUUAGUUCAGCUCCGCGAUAAUUACAUUAUUCUGUACGAGACUUUAAAGAACUACGAUAAAAUUCGUGAUCUCGAUUCGGAGAAACGCCAAGAAUAACAACGUAAUGGCCAGUUACAGCGAAUGUCGAGCGCAGGAAACACAGAUUCGGUUUAAUGCAUCCACUAAUUCCCUUCGGAUAAGCGAUUUAGACAUUUCGCUCUGUACAGUUUUCCAAAGAACAUUAAUGCAAACUGUACAGCAGGUUUAACUCGAAUAGAAGGUCCGUCGGUCGAACCUCUCGCCCGUUUGUUUCGACACGAUUCAGCUGACAUGGCACGCUAUUGUAGCUAACAUUUAAACUUCGUGCCAAGGAAGGGAACGCAGGCGCAGGCUACGGAAUUUUUACUUUGCCGAGAUUGCACCACCCGACCUGCAGUCACCAUUCGCUCCAUCGACUUUUUUCCACCGAGUAAUAGCGUAACCUACUUCACCAGAUAAAACGUCAGACACUUUUUACGGCCAAGCAAUACUAUCGAGUCUUAAUAUCUAGGAUCUAGCCCGGCUCAUAGCGAGACCGAUAUCGGUGUAAUUUCGAUCGUACAAAUUUUAAUAGCUAUAGAUUUCGCAAUAGAAACGAUUUUCUUUUUUUUCUUUUUUUAGUCGUCGAACAAAGAUCGUUUGCGAAACGUAUAUAGGGAUACAAAAGAUCAGCGUUACGAUGUUUCCAGUGAAACGAGUUUACGAGGAACCAGCCAUCGGACGCGAUAGAAUUAUUAAUCAUUCACCGACAAACGCAUGCUGCACGCGUCCAUUUAUGUUUUGGCGUUCUCCGAUCGUUUCGUAUUCAACCAACGUGAGCAACACUUGUCAUACCAUAUAGGUUAAUAUGGUAUUUAAAAUCCCUUUCUCGAAUUACCAUCUUAUACAUUUUUACGGUGAUGAAUUGUCAUAUUAUAACGGAUGAAACGUAAACGGGGAAAUAAAACGUGGCUAGUUGAGGGAUAUGCAGAAUUCAAA